UUUUUCAGGCGAUGACGAACGAGUUUGCUUGAGCAGAUCAAUGGGCUUCGUCUCCUUCUUUCUCUACGCUGCUGACACUCCCACUCCCGUUACUCCCUGAGUCAACCCGCCCAGCUUGGGCAUCUUCCUACAACAUGGUCCCGGGAAGUUUUUUAGGCGCCGUCCACCGGCUGGCCCCUCUCCUGAUCCUCCUCUCUGCCUUCUCCCCGGCGCUCGCCGCCGAAGACCCGUCGCUGAUCGUCUCCCGGUUCCAGGAAUACCUCCGGAUCAACACCGCCCAGCCCAACCCCAACUACAGCGAUACUAAGGAGUUCAUCCUCGCCCAGGCGAGCUCCCUCUCACUCGAGGCCCAGACUGUCGAGUUCGUCGCCGGGAAGCCCGUCAUCAUCCUCAAAUGGCCGGGCACAAACCCUAGCCUCCCCUCCAUCAUGUUCUACUCACACACCGACGUGGUCCCGGUGGAGCAGUCCAAGUGGGCCCACCCUCCCUUCGGUGCCCACCUCGACGGGGACGGGCGAAUCUUCGCGAGGGGUUCUCAGGACAUGAAGUGCGUUGGGAUGCAGCACAUCGAGGCGGUCCGCUUAUUGAAGCAAUCUGGUUUUGAGCCGGUGCGAUCGGUCUAUAUCGUGUUCUCCCCCGACGAGGAGAUUGGUGGGCACGACGGGGCUGAGAAGUUAGCGGAGUCCGAGAUUUUCCGGAAGAUGAAUGUGGGUGUAGUUCUUGAUGAAGGGCUAGCCUCGCCGAAUGAGGACUACAGGCCAUUCUAUGGCGAGAGGAGCCCCUGGUGGCUGGUGAUUAAGGCCAUUGGGGCGCCCGGUCAUGGAGCAAAGCUGUAUGAUAACACGGCACUGGAGAACUUGUUCAAAAGCAUCGAGACCAUUCGGAGGUUUAGGGCUUCGCAGUUUGAUUUGGUGAAGGCAGGGUUGAAGGCUGAGGGCGAGGUUACUUCUGUCAACAUGGCGUUCCUGAAGGCUGGGACUCCAUCUCCAACCGGUUUUGUCAUGAAUUUGCAGCCAUCUGAAGCAGAGGCAGGAUUUGAUAUUCGAGUCCCACCUACUGCCGACCCUGAAGUGCUCGAGAGAAGGAUAGCUGAAGAGUGGGCACCUAUUUCACGGAACAUGACGUAUGAGUUCAAGCAGAAGGCUACUGUACACAACAAGAAUGGAAAGCCCAUGCUUACUGCCACUGAUAGUUCCAAUCCCUGGUGGGGUCUUAUGGAAGAAGCAGUUAGAAAAGCUAACGGAAAACUCGGAAAACCUGAGAUCUUUCCAGCUGCAACAGAUUCUCGCUACUUCCGGCUACUGGGUUUGCCUGCAAUUGGCUUCUCUCCUAUGGCAAACACACCCAUUCUACUUCACGAUCAUAACGAGUUCCUUCACAAAGACGAAUACUUGAAAGGGAUUGAAGUCUUCGGGUCGAUAAUCAAAACGUACGCAUCUUAUGUGGAAGAUUCAAGGGACAGAAGCUCCCGAGAUGAGCUGUAACUUCAUUUGUAUAGUACCAGGUAGUUGAAGAUGUUUUCUCCUUCAGUGCACCAUGCAGUUGUCACUAAGAAUCAAAUAAGCGGAUGCUACAUCACUAGUUUCUCUUCAUCUUAUUGUCAUCGGAAAGUUCGACCCGCCCUGAAAACUUGGUGAUGAGAUCAACUUUGACUGCUAGUUUUCAGAUUUGUACUAGCACAGCUAAAGGCUUACUUGUUGGAGACUGUUUGAAUUCACAAGUUUUAAACGUUGUGGGAGACGAUUUAUAAGUCAUGACAAGAUUUCGAACA